AUGGCCUGGCGCGACCGAUUGCUGAUCAGCCAUACCAAGGCAUCCGCUGAGCGAGCGACGCGGCGAUAUUUCGAAGUCAUCAAUUCUGCUUCUUGCCUAAACCAUCGAGAUAAAGCACUUGAUCAACUGCUAGAUGGUAUUAAAGAUGCCAAGAAGAUCUUCUCAAACUAUGCAACGACCAAUCCCAGCGGCAAACGCGUGUGGACGAGAGACAGCUUUGCUAGAUGCAUCAACGCCAGGCUACCCGAAAACCCAACAGUGGCUAUUUGCGUACCACUACUCUGGUGCACUUUCUCUAUUGGUGCCUACUUUCCUUUCUCGCCACCGUCAAAAGAGCCAGAAAUCGAUGUCAAAGCGUUCAAGAGAGCAUUUGCAUUCAUUGUUUCACGCGGUUAUGAGCUUUUAGGGGCGAAGUCAGAUGGCCAGCCUUUUUUCACAGGCACAGAAAAGUUCUACACCGACAAGGUGCCGCGACUCACACGUAUCCCCUUUAGGAGCUUGGGCACUCCUUGGCCGCAAUCAGGGUAUCAAUCUCAGGAUUCGCAGGAAUUACUCCAGCUUCAAGAUAUCAAAGAUACUAUUGCUUUCACGCAACCCAUUAUAAUUGAGGAUAUAGGCUAUGGACGAGCUACGGUAGCCGAUGGGGAGUUUGAAGCCGCUGCAUAUCGCCUUCUGCUUGCUGACAACAAGCAGUUGGUAGUCAGAGGGUCAUCUAUUGUAGUAAGCCAAGCCGAUUUGUAG